GGUGGGAGUGUGGGUGAGAGUGGAUAUGGUGGGAUGAAUCACCAUGUUCCUAAAGCUAUAAUUAUGAAACAUAUGAAGUUUAUAUUCCAUAAAAGGUUUCUGGAAAAAAAAGAAUUGUAGUAUGUGUAUAUUUUAUAGCUGGGUAUUGCAUGUAGAUCUUUCUGGUGUGUGGGCCCCAAUUGUUUAUAUUCAUUGACAGCCUGUAUAUGUAAGGUUUUCAGUGUGUGUAUAUGGGCAUUGCCUCCUUUGUACAUGUUUGCAUACAGAUGCAUGUUUGUGUGAGUGUGUGUAUAUGUGUGACUGUAUUUGUAGGAAUGGCAUGUGAGAAUUCAGGGAAAGUAAGUUUUUUUCUGUAAAAAUUGAGGUAGGAAUGGUUACUCUGUUUCGGUGUAUAUGAGUAUGCAGAAUUUUCCUGGGGCGUACAUUCUGCAGCAAUGUAGUGUGGCUUUACUGAGGUAGGGGCAUAGGGUCCUACUUGCAGAGCAAUUGGAAUGUGUGUACAGAUUCAUAUGAUGGAAUACAGGUGAGCUUAAUGUGGCUCAUAGAAGCUUGGCGCAUAUCUCUGUCCAGUUCUGUGUUCAUUGACAUCAGGUUGGUAGCUUGAAAUUAGUCAUAGUGGGAUAUUUACACCAGAUAAACGUGAAAAUACAAAGCCUCUUCCAUACCCGUGGAGGGAAUCUUGUUAAGCAUUUAAAGUGCACCACUACACACUUCACAACUGUGUGUAUGUGUGUGUGUGUGUGCACAUGCCUAUAUGUGUGUGUUUUAUUUUGUUCACAGACACAAAGGGACAGUUCUGUUGUGGUGUUGCCAGAAAACUAGUCUGAAACAGCAGUUGCUCAACAGUUAGCUUCAUUUUCUUGUGAAAAGUAAAGAGACAGUGGGCUGUUACAAUUCCCUGAGGAACCUGCCUCUCCAAGAAGUGAUUUUCUAGGGCUUUCAUAGCGAGGGUUAGGGGAGUGUGCAGGAUGUAAAAAACCGAGAAGAGGAGUCCCUUCUUGCUUAUAAUAAACAGCCAGGAUAUAGGAUGGGGGAAGUAGGCACUUCCUAUUCCACCUAAAUACAUCUUCAUACUUUGUAUGUUCAGAAAUAUGUCUUUCAACCUUCCUUGUUUCUGGUGGUCUGGCUUCCUGUGAGUGUAGUGUUACAAGAUAAUGCUUCUUCCAACAUCCUCUGAAAAUCAAACUGUGAUUAAUGAACUGCUUCAGGUUCUGCACUCUUGUUCCUGUGCCCCUUUUUGCCAAAAUGCUGCUCUAUUGAUUACAAAAUGUUCCUAAGAUACUGCACUCAUCUUCCUUUUUAAAACAUAGUUUAUUUGCCAGCACCACGGCUCACUGGGCUAAUCCUCCACCUGCGGUGUCGACACCCCAGGUUCUAGUUCCGGUUGGGGCGCUGGUUCUGUCCUGGUUGCCCCUCUUCCAGUCCAGCUCUCUGCUGUGGCUCAGGAAAGCAGUGGAGGAUGGGCUAAGUACUUGGGCCCUGCACCCGCAUGGGAGUCCAAGAGGAGGCACCUGGCUUCUGGCUUUGGAUCGGCGCAGCACACCAGCCAUGGCAGCCAUUUCGGGGGUGAACCAACAGAAGGAAGACCUUUCUCUCGGUCUCCCUCUUUCUCUGUCUAACUCUGCCUGUCCAAAAAAAAAAACAUAGUUUAUUUUGAUAACAUAUUUUAAUUAGAUUAUUGUCAAUAACAUAAAGCCUCGGCUAAAUAACAAGUUAAACAGAUAAAAAAUAGAACGACCAUAGUCCAGCAGGAAAAUAUGCAAAGGCUAUAAGAAUGAUCAAAUGGGAAGGUGUUCAACUUCAUUCAUGUAGGCUUUAAAAGUCACAGAAUCAUGAAUACUAUAGUGAUAUAUCAUUCCAAUAAGUUCAUUGGACAAAUAUUUAAACCAAAGUUUGACAAAACACUCUAUAUACAACAGAACUGAUAGACAUGGCAUUUCUUUUUUAAUUUUACUUCCCACAUAUAAAGGAGAUUAUAAAGUAUUUGUCUUCCUGUGUCUGGCUCAUUUCACUCAACAUGAUGUCCUCCACUUCCAAUUUUAAAUUUGCAAAUUCAUCAUAUUGCUUUAAAGUGUCCAAAAGAUUCCUUUUAAUAAAUGGCCUGACUUUAGUCUAAGCCACGAAGUACCAAAUCACAAGAAUUGCCAUUACACCCAGUUCUAGGUCUCCCAAGAGUUCUGUGUGGUCUUCCCAAGAUUUGGCUGCUGGGAGCACAAUCUUUUCUAAGGGAUUGUACAACCCUGAAGAAGCAUUUUAACAUGGAGAACAAGAACAGUACCCGCAUAUACCUCUGUUUCUAACAAAUUUCGUUAAACAUUUUUUGGAUCCACUUGUCCAAAUUCCCUCUCAUUGUAUGAAGUCCCAACAUCCAUCCUAUGUUAAAUGAUGUUUUCCUCUUUGAUAAGAAUGUAUUGUAAAUAUAGUAUGACUAAAAUGCACUGCUUUCAAAUAUAUGUGAUAUGAGGUCACCGUUUUCAGCAUUCCUGUAGGUAACCAUUGUUCAAAGUAUGUACUUGCCUGUUAUUUUUGUCCAAAUAAAAUCACAUUGAACUCUCCUCAAAUAAUAUCAAGGGGUUAUACUCAAAUGCCACAGUUGAACCUCAUUUGUACCCCUGCAAGAGUCAGAAAGUGCUUAGAAUAUUCCUCUGUUCAAACAGAAUUUGGGGUAGAAAACCCUUUGUGUCCUAUCAACCUCAAUGUCUGGAGGUGGAAGGCUCAAUCUGCUCUGAUGAUACUGUCACAUGAAUCUUGUGAACAGAGGCCAAAACUAAUUUUGAAGUGUAUGAAUUAUGCUUAAUGUUAUUGUAGUUAGACUUUAAUAAAAAUACAUGAAAUAUGUUUACUGACACCUCUGACUGUUGGUUCUGAAAUUUCCACACGGCAUAUGUCUGAUCCUUAUCAGCCACAUGAUAGAAAAAGGCUCUGAUGGAGUCAGCAAAAGAAGAGAAAUGUACAGCUUUUAAAAAGCCAUUUGUCUGGCUUUUCACACCUUAAUAAUGAUGAAGUGUCUAGCUCUCAGGAUGGUGACUCAUGCUUCCCUAGUCCUACACCCAGUAUUAAGUGACCCUUCUAGGACAUAGAAUAUCCAGAGUGACAUUUUGGUGACAGCAGUGCAUAGUGAAGAGAGAGAACCCAGCUGUGUUGCAUGCAAAGUGUGUUCAUCUUACUGUUAUCCAGUACAGUGCUCCACUAUGAAUUGCAAGGAAAGGAUGCAUUUAAUUUCUAGACUUAUCCCAUGCAGGUCAGAGAAAUUUGCUUCUUAUCUUCAUAGAAUUAAGCCAUUGGCACAAUUCUUUCAGAAGAGAUCAACAUUGAUUGAUAAUGUUACUCUACAUUUGCAAGCCUUUAAACUAAGCAAAAAGAAAAACAGAGCCCAAGGCUCAGUUGACAAGAAAUGGGCAUGAUGCUACAAUGACAACAGGUGACCCCUGCCCUGCAUCUUUGGAGGAGGCUGAUGUGGGCCUUGGCCACUUAGGACCAUGUCUUUAUGACAUGUGCCUAGGAGGACACACAUGCUCAUUAUAGGUAUGCUUUGGUGCUGAGUAUCCUAAAGAGAAUAAAAGCACAAAGAUGGCUGGUGCAUAGAUGGUAAGGAAGUGCCACAUUUCAGAGCACAUCCUGGAAUCACAAAGCAUGCGGUCAAAGCCUGGAAGGGCUUGUAUGACCUGAGAGAAAGCCAGUAGCUUAAAUGUUUGACCACGUGGAGAGCCAUUCAGGGGCCAGGGGCUAGGACGGGGCCUGUGCCCUUUGGUGCCACUGUUGACAGCCUGUCCCCUACCCUCCUCCACUACAGAGAGCUCACAGACUCCCUCCCUCAGCCCUGUCCUCACAUUCUCAGCUGUUCUGACUGAUGCUACCUGGCGAGCACUACACUGAGCAGUGUGAUCAAGGUGAGCACUCCAUGAGGGAAUGAGGAGAGCCCCACCCCAGUGGGGAAUUGUUUCAGGAAUCUGGGGCGCUCGCACUGCAUUGCGCCCUUAUAGCUCAGUACUGCUCCCCCUGAUAGCACUGAUCCCACACCUCUUUCCCUUGCCUGCACCCCAUGCCAUGAGGACAGGCUGAGCAGAAGGGACCCUGGGCAUCCGGGCUGUGGCUCUGCUGUCCUCCAUGGGAGACCGCAGUCCUUGCAGGAAGAAAGUCCCUGCAACUGGCAGCCAGGAACUAGCCUAGGACAGAUGGCAGAGGCUGGCCCGAGUGAUAGCAGUGCACAAGGCUGUGUUCCUCCCAGCCCCAGCUGUGGAUCCUGGACCAGGCCCUGGCGCCCUUCUCAGCCCCAUGGACACCCACGAGAGGGCACAUGAGCCACCCUUUGAGGAAGGGAAGGCAAAUGUGGAAGAAGAGAAAGGGUAUCUGCCUCCUGCCACAGACCAAGCCCCCAACAGGCUCCUGGGGCCUCAGGCCUCCACUCUAGCUCCCAGGACUGGGAAAAGGUCCAGGAACCCCAUCACUGAAGGGUGUGCUGGUGCUGUCCAGGACCCAGAGGGUCCAGCGGCAGGGGCCCUGCUUAUGGGAGAGCCCUGUCCUCAGGAGACAGUGCUCCCUGAGCCUGUCUCAGGAUGCUCCCCACCUGCCCAGGAGUCAAAAACCACAGAGGGGCCAAGGGAGGAGCAGCCACCCAGCUCUUCAGGCCCAUGUAAAGCAGCCCACCCAAUCUUGGUGGGGAAAAAAUGCCCAAGGCCCACCUUGGAACCACGCUGCACAUAUCUCUGGAGUUCAGCACCUGGCAUAGAGGGCUUCACUUGCUCGGGAUCCUGCCCAUGCUGACACCUCUGUUCUUCCUCCUCUGAGACCCAGGUGAGUUGCAUUGCUGUUGAGGGAGAGUGGGACUGAUUGUCCAAGUAACAACAAGGCCUCGGGGAUGGACUAGGCCCUGGGGGAGACAACAGAGCCUCUCCACCCUCCCCUUUCUCCCUGCCUGUGAAAGAGACUCCACACUCCCUGUCACAGCCCCCUAACACUUGUCAGGUCCCAGCUGCUGCUACCACUACUGGCUUUGGGAAAUUCUCUACCCUGGCCUGGAUCCUUCAUGUCCCUGUUGCACACCCCCACACCCCACUUAACACACACGUCUCUAAGUCUUCCGUGAGUGUCUCUACUCACCCUCUUCCUCCUCCCUUUAGGUUCAGACCCAUUGUAGGGAUUUCUUUUUCCAAGUUAGUAUCAGAAGAAUAACUGGUUAAUGUCAGGUUUCUUGAGGAUACGCUUGGCUGAGAAUGAAAGCAGAGGGAACUUCAUCACGAAGGUUAGAAGCACCCUGUUUGGUAAAUGUGGUUGUUGUCUGCUUCUCUUGAUUUAUAGGAGGGUUGGAUGACGACUUAGUUACAGUUGGUUCUGAUGGAACUUUAGCAUGAGCGACUCCAUGUUGAUGUCCAGUCUUGGGUGCUUGAACCCAAUCAGAAGCUUGCUCGAAACCAACAUUUCCUGAAAUUUUUACCAACACUAUGUCGGGAAGGUCAGGGGCGAGGCGUUACAGUCAGCCUCUGGUGACAACAGUGUAAGCCAAGCUCCUCAGUUCUCAGCUGCAAGGUACUGAAUUCUGCCAACAAAAUCAAUCAGGGAGUGAACACAGCCCUGCCCGGCAUCUUGAUUGCAGCCUCUCACAGAACUCAGCUGGACACUGUCUGCUCCCAACCACAGGACAGUGAGGUGAUACAUGGUUUGUAUUGGGCUUCUAAGACUGUAGUGAUAUUGUUUUGCAGUAGUACGUGUCUAACACACCAUGUAAGAAAAGGAAACGAGAGAAAUGUUAAAUAAGGCAGUGCAGGUGGUCAUUUGGCUCUGAUUAAGACACCAACAUCCCACAUCAUAGUCCCGAGGUUUGAGUCCCAGCUCCAAUUCCAGUUCUAGCUGUUAAUGUGCACCCAGGAAGGCAUCGGGUCAGGGCCCAAUUACUUGAGUCCCUACCACCCACAAGAGAGAUCCAAAUUGAGGUCUAGGCUCCUGGUUUCAGCACACAUCAGCCUCUGCUAAAGCAGGUACUUGGGACUGAAACAGCUGAUGGAAGACAUGUCUUUCACUUGCUUGCUCUCAGCCUUCUGAAUAAAUAAAAAAGAAUGUAAACAAAUUUGAGAACAGAAAACAGUGAAUGUAAAACAAGGAGAAACAAAAUAACCAGGUAUUUUAGAGAAAAAUCCUUAUGAUGUAGAAUGGACUGAAGGGUCCCUGGGACAGAUGAAGCCUUGCUGAGGGAGAUGCUGUGCAGUGGACACCACUGACCAUGGCCUCCCUACAGAUUUCAGUAUCAGCCCUCUGAUUCUGGGGAGGAAGAGGAGAGCAAUCCAGAGUGUGUGCACUGUAACCGCAGUAAGCACCAGGAUGGCUUCUCAGGACCCUGAGGAAAUGAGUAGUAGCUCCACAGGGCAGAUAGAGGGGAUGUGGAGCAUGUGGGGCCUAGAGUGGCCUGUUCUAGCACUCUGUACCGACUGACAGCUGAGGCUUUCUGUCUCCUGUGCCUGGCAGCUGCUAGGCCCUGCAGCAGGAGCAGAUACUUGGUGUGAUGCUAGUUCCAAGGUUUGUGUCCUGGCUGCUCCUCUUCCAAUCCAACUCUCUGCUUGAGGCCUGGGAAAGCAGUGGAAGACGGACCAAAUUCUUGGGCCCUUGCAUCUGCGUCGGAGACCCGGGAGAAACUCCUGGCUUCUGACUUCGGAUCAGCUUAGGUCUGGGAGUUGCAGCAACUUGAGGAGUGAAAGAAUAGAUGAAGGAUUUUUCUAUCUCUCUCUAUCUCUAUCUCUGUCUCUGACACUUGAAUAAAUAAAUAAAUAAUCAUUUUAAAAAUUGUGUCUCCUUAAAAUAUAUGUUGAAGUGUUCAGGGAACUCAGAUUGUGACCUUACUUAGAAAUAGGGCCUCUGCUGAUGUGAUUAGAUGAGAUGAAUUCCUACAGAGAAGAAUGGGCUCUUAGAGACCCAAGAUGACUGCUGUCUUGGUGAGAAAAAGAGAAGAUAAGAGAAGGUCAUGCAAAUACUUAGCCAGAGGCUUGGGCAGGGAGAGCAUCUACAAGCAGAGGAACUCCAGGGAUUUAGGGAAAUCAGUGAACAGCAGCAAAAGGCAAGGAAGGAUUUUCCCCUAAAACCUUCAGAGAGAGCCUGGUCCCCACAACACCUUGAUUUUGAGCUUGCAGCCUCCACAGCAGUGAGAAAAUAAUGAGUUUCUGUUGUUUCAAGCCGUCCAUGUUUGCAGUAACUCUUACACAGCCAUAGAAAAAAUUAGAUAUGAUGAUAAAGUUUAUAGAGAUCCAUUAUUUUCACUAAUCAAGAGGACUAACAUUUUAAAAACAAACUAUUAAUUUAGGUUAACUUUAUCUGACACUACUGCAACAGAAAAAGAUGGUAGAAUAUCAAAGAAUAUGAAUCAUUUAUUCUGUCAAGUUUGUAUGGCAGGGCAAGGGGCCAGUGACAUCAGCAGACCCUGUUUCAGGAAUGGUGGGCUGGGGCCAGUGCUGUGGUAUAGCGGGUAAAGCUGCCGCCUGAGGUGCCGGCAUCCCAUAUGGGCUCUGGUUCGAGACCCAGCUGCUCCACUUCUGAUCCAGCUCUCUGCUAUGGCCUGGGAAAGCAGUGGAGGAUGGCCCAAGUCCUUAGGCCUCUGCACCCACAUGAGAAGACCUGGAGGAAGUUCCUGGCUCCUAGCUUCGGAUAGGCACAACUCCAUCCAUUGCGGCCAAUUGAGGAGUGAACCAGCAAAUGGAAGACCUCCCUCUCUCUCUCUCUCUGUGUCCCCUUCUUUCUCUGUGUAACUCUGACUUUCAAAUAAAUAAAUAAAUCUAAAAAAAAAGAAAUGGUGGUCAUAACAUCAGCAGUUGUCCAACAGACACAAUUACUUCUGUAAAAUUAAAGUGGCACUGGUGAGAACCUGACGAUAAAUAGGAGGAGCCCACUGUUAGCAGACACGAGGGCCCAUUCUCUGUGGUGUCACCAAGCAGGAGUUGUUCAGAGGAACGGUUUAUGGAUGGUGGCAAGGAAGGGAGACUGGGAAGGCUGAGUUCCCUAAAGAAAUGGCCUUUCUGAGAAGCAGUCUUCCACGGAUCCUUUAGCCAGAGUGAGGGGAAUGUCCAGGAUGGAGAAAGGCUGGGUGACAGGAGGGCCCUUCCUGCUCAAGCCACAUCCAUCUCACACCCUGUAGAUGUGAGACUCUGACUCAGACCAGGUGCAUGAGUGGUGGGCCACCCUCUAGUCCAGUGUAGCGAGAGAGGCCUUCGAGAACAUUCUCUGAGAAACAGGCUGAGGUGGGUGAACUUUCCAGAUUCAGUGUCUGUUCCUGUGGCCCGCUCCUGCCCAAAUCCUACACCCUUGCUUACACCUGUGGCAAACAUGGUUCAAACCAAGGUUGAAUUCUCAAGUUCAAUCUGCCAACUGACUAUGUAAAAAAUGCUCUUAGACGGACCGGCACUGUGACAGCGGGUAAAGCCCCUGCCGGCAGUGCUGGCAUCCCAUGUGGGCACUGGUUCUAAUCCCAGCUGCUCCACUUCCAAUCCACCUCCCUGCUAUGGCCUGGGAAGGCAGUGGAAGAUGGCCCAAGUCCUUGGGUCCUGCAGCUGCUUGGAAGACCCGGAAGAAGCUCCUGGCUCCUGGCUUCAGAUCAGCUCAGCUCUGGACAUUGCAGCCUUCUGGGGAGUGAACCAGCAGAUGGAAGACCUCUCUCCCCUCCCCCCUCCACCUCAGCCUCUUUGUAAGUCUGCCUUUCAAAUUAGAUAAAUAAAUCUUUACCCAUUCCCCCUGCCUUUCACUAGGAAUUGUGCAGUGCACCCUAAAGGAUGGUUGACAUCUUACCAUGUCUUGGAAAAUGUUUUCAAGCAAAAAGAGCUGUUAAAGUGACAUACAUUUCACAAUACUGAUUAGAAUGUGCUGAAAAAUAACAUCAGAUGAACAGUUUGGCACCACUAGACUACACACACUGGUGUAGAAUCUGAUUUGAGAAUCUCAACAUGGGAAAAGUGGUGCUGACAACGGUGUGGUAGUGUGGGACAUCGCAUGAGCCCCCGGAGGACUUGCCGUUCAGUGUCUGGAACCAAAAAACUCCAGCAAGACAUGCAUUGUGACCCUUUAAACGAAAGCAGCAUUUCUCAGUUCCCGUGCUUUACGACAGCAGUGUGCAAGCAAGAUCAGCUAUUCCGCAGAACAGCUUCAGCGAGCACUAAACCAGCAUCGGAGCAGAACCAAGAGGAAGAGGAAAGGUGGAACAUUUACAGGUUGGAGAUCUCACAAGAGAGAAGUAGAGGAGAGAAGGAAGCUGUCUUCCAUUCUGAAAAGUCCCCUGGGCCACCACCAUGACAGCACACCCUUCCGUCACAUGUUGUGUCCAGAGCCCUCCUGUGAGGUGUGUAAUAGAACAACAGCAGAGAUCCAGCAGCUGCUGUCCCAGGGGUCCCUGCAACAUGCUGCUCUCUCUCAGUGUUUUUCACCAUCCUCUGAUUCUAUGAUCGAGUCCUCAGUAAGUCUCACCUCUGACCUCUUGGCAAUAGCUCCAGGAGACCCAAUUCCACCCCCUGUGCCUGAGCCUUCUCCAUCUCCCUGUUCAACUCUCUCAACUAACCUGGACACCUCCUUUGAAGACUUAACUUCCUCCUCAAAUCUUGGUGACUUUCUGCCUCCAGAGCCUACUCCUGGCUUGGAUUUCUCAUUCCCAGGGGGACAUUUUCCAACACAACCGCUUGGCAUUCUCCCUCCUCCACCUUGUCCAGGCCAGGAAACAGAUCCUGUUCUCCAAGGAGAAGUCACAGUGACUCUGGGGGACAGCGUUUGUGGGUUGCCCACCCAUGAGCCAAAAACCAAAGCCACUCAAUCUCCUGACAUGGCAACAUCAGAAAUCUGGCCUCAAGGUCAUACCAAGCACUUACACAUCUCAAACUGGGCACAAGGAGAUGCCAAGCAGAAUAAUCUUGGCCUCCAUUCAUCCAGGCCAUCCAUUGAGAUUGAUCCUGCAGUCAACCUUCCAGGGAGUCUGUUACUUCUCAGUCCAGAUACCCUGGAACUCCUAGAGAGACAAGUCAGAAAGAGGGGUGAUUUCUUGAUACACGAGGAAAAGGAAAAGACAGCAGGACCUUUUCCAAAACAACACAGGCCAGAUGUCCCACUUCAUUCUCCAGGGAAAAUGCUAGAGUCAAUUUCUGUCAAGCAUGACUUGGCAGUCUCCCUUCCUUUUUGGAGCAGUGAGGACAAACCACAGGAGCUGCAGAUGAUUCAGCAGCCAGUAUCUCCUAAGAUGUUUGAGGUCCAUCUACAGAGGAAAUGUAUCCAACUCACCUGGGGUCAACCAGCUCUGAACCAUGACUUCCUUUACCCUGCUGGCCUUGUCUCAAGUGGUUGUUCUUCAACCCUAAUCGUCUUCAGUAGUAUGCAGGACAGCUCCACAGACCAGGAACCCCCAGCGUUUCCAGAUCCCCCACCUCUGUCUGAGCCUGAGAUCCAAGCUCAACCCCUGCUGCAAGCCAUGCCCCAACCCCAGCCCCAAAUUCUCACUGAAGACCAACCUCAAUCCUUUCUCCUGAACCUGCCACCCUCUCCUGUACCUCAGUGUAACUCCUGUGGUGUACAUUUCCUUGGACUCCCAAAUGAGGCAGAGGCUCUCAUGCCAUCUGAAAUCCAACACUUGGAACACCACUUAUUGACAAAAAAGCAGGAAAGUUUGUGGGAUAUACCCUCAGUGGUUCUUUUGUCUCAGAAAGACUUUUGUCCCCCUGCUCCCAACCUAUCCUUGACAAGCCAGUCUUCCAAGGCUUGCAUUCCAAUCUGCAUUCUUAGUGGAGAUUUUUCCCUUCACAGUGAGAUUCGGGAGAAACUAGAGCACCACCUUCGGAAGAGGCUAAUCCAACAUCGGUGGGGCCUUCCCCGCAGGGUCCAAGAGUCUCUGUCAUUGAUUAACCCUCAGACAGACAUUCCUGAGACAUCUGAAUCAAUGGGCAAUAAGAGACGCUCAGGAGUGUGUUUGUUUACAGGUCAGAAGAGCACAGAUGCAAUGGAUUUGGAAUUCAGAAAACCUGGAAAUUUCUAUGAAAGGACCUCAGAAAUGCUUCCUCUAGAAAAACAUGUGAGGAAGUCCCAGGGCCCUGUUUUGAAGAGUGGUUUAUAUGAUCAUCUAAUUAAUGAUGCAAAGAAAUCUUCAGAUAUGAGUCCGUGGUCUGUCUCUGAGAGAGAAAGUCACAUGGUAAAUCUUUCUGGACAUAGUUCAAGAGUCUCAGGGAUGAGUGUAAAUCAGAAACAACUUGAAAAUGCCUUGAAAGCCCAUUUGAGCAAGAAAGUUAUGCAAAUCAAUGACAGUCAGAUCCCUAUGAGUGUAUAUAAUUCAUGGUAUUCUAUCAAACAACCAUUGCCUCUCCCUGAGAAGUCAUAUAACCAAGAGGAACACAAAGACUUGGCUCAAUUGGUGAGUUUAGACAGUAAUAUCAAUACCUCCUCUGAGAUUUCCUUCCUCUGUUCCAGCAAGCUAAAGACAUUGGAAGACCAUAUCAAAAGUUUUCGCAAAAGGAUAAUGUGGGGACUUCCCAAAAAAAUCCUUGAAUCCAUAGAAAUUUUUAAAACAAAAGGGAACCCAUCCCAGUGCAGUUGUCAUUCAAACUUUCCCUCCUCAAGUAACUUUAUCUCUGAGGUUGAUUCCCAAGGUAGAGUCUCCAAGCCCAUCAGAAGAAGCUCCAGAUCUUCACAGGGAGACAAGUUGGAAACAACAGUCUCUGGCCCCAGUCUGGAUUUCACUGUCCCUGUCACCUCACCUGUAUGCAAGGAAAGACUGAGGGAAAUGAGACAAAUACCCUGUGAUAUCUCUCAGGAGCCAGUAGGUAACAUUCAGGGGUUUCAGGAUUGCAGACAGCAUUUUCUGUCUUGCACAAAUGGCAUCAUUGACAAAGCAAAACAGAAACCUCCCAAAUUAACAAAUAGAAGUAGACCGAUGCUGCCCACAAGGCAGGACGGGGAUAUACCGGAAUCAUAUGCUAAGAAAGAGAGCUCUACAAAUAGAACUGAAAGGCUUCAGAGCAAAAAUAUGCAGAAUUCAGAACAUUUUCCCACAUAUAUCAUGUACAGGGAGAUAUUCAAGGCAAAGGAACUCUGUUCUCCCCCAUCUCCACGUAGUAAAACCUUGAAAACCAAUGAGCCAAAAAGCUCCCCAGUAAUAGGUGUGACUUUGGAAAAAACACAAACUACCCUGACAACUAAACAUCCUCCACCAACACUAUCCAAACCUGGAGAUCCUGAACUGUCAGACCUUAAAAAUCGUAUGCUUUGUGAGUUAAAGUUGAAGUUGGCUAACAGAGAUUGUAGCCAGGUCCAUAGCCAUCCCACUGACAUGCCUCUGGCCUCAGAGAACUUGAAACCCAAGCCUGUUCUGACACAUACCCAAGGCAUCUACCCUGGACACACAGCCCCUUCCCAGGUGCUGCAUGUCCAUAUCGACAACACAAGGAUAAGGAGGGAGCAGAUGCAGGAGCCCUGUGUCCCUGUGUGUGCCUUUUGGAAGGACCAGGAUAAGAAUCUCCCAGCAGCUUCCAAGACAGUAAGCCCUCCAGAACCCAAACCAGAAGAGCUUGGUGGAGGAGAUGCAGGCUUAGGGCCAUCCCAACCCAGAAGGAGGAUCCAUGCUGCUCAGGGUAGGACAUUAAAGGACACGCUUGAGAGCAAAUAUUCCCCAUCCCAGCCACUGAAGGGGCAGCCCCCUGCUGAAAGCCAUUUCAGAAAACGGAUGAAGCACUUUCUGCAGUGGAUUUGGCCUAGCAGAAGAUGUGAAAGGCAAAAUCGUUUCCUGGAACAGGGACGUUCCCUGUCAUCUGAGCAGAGCAUGGGCCCAGGUAAAAAUCAAGCCACCUGCAUCGGGAACACUGAGGUUCAAUCAGUGAAGCCAGCUAGUGGGAAGGUUCCAGGGAAGAAGCUGGGGCAUGAUCACGGAACAGGUAAGACCUGCCACCAAGUGCCCCUUUCGACCCAGGUCAAGUUUAGCAAAACUGAGCAGCAGGCAGAAUUGCAGAUGGGGGCAGCACCUGUCCAGGGCCAUCCCUUCAAUCACAGGGUCACUUCCUGUAAAGGGACAAGUACCAAGUCCUGCCGCCAAGAAGCUGCAUUUGCUGGCCAGAGUUAUCCUGCAAGGAAUACACACAUGAAACACAGAGACAGAGAGCCCAAGAAAGUUGUGCCAUUCAGGGACCAGCUAUGGUGUCAGAGGUACCCCUCAGCUGUGUCCCAGAGGGAACCUGUGCCACAUCCAAGCCCGACCUGCAGGUGUCAGGUUGGCCAAGUGCCGUGAGUUGCCCUUGCCACUGCUGAAGCCUCUUUUAAAUAGAAAAUGCUUCUCCAGCAUUUCCAGGGAGGAAAACUGCCCUGCUAAAAUCAUUAAAUCCUUUUUGAAAAUACUGAUUUUUCCCAAUAAAUAUUCACAAAGAA